GUUUCUGAAGUGGGGUUAGUGUGGGGUAAAAGGCUCCCUCGCCACCUUUUAUUUAAAAAAUAAUAAUUUUAAUCAAAACAACCUUCCAUUAUUAUUUCAUUUCACAUAAAUUAAAAACCCUUAUAGAAAAUAAAAAAGUUUGAAAUGGUGAAACUUUUCAAUUCUUGUCAGUUAAGUUUAUCGGUAAUCUAUGACAACAGGUCUGCUGAACUUCAGUUCAUGGAUAUAUGCAACUCAUAAAGGACGACGUUAUAGGCUCUGUCUCAAAAACUAGUGAGCUGCCUGUCUAAACAAUAGUAUUUUUGGCAACAUACUUGAAAGAGCAGCUGUACAGCUGGGCAGCUGACUAAGAACGCUAAAAAACUAUUUUAGCCCGUUUUUAAGAUAUACCCAUUUCCAUUUCAUAACUAGUUUCCUUAAAAGUCAACUGUGUAAUGUUUAACAAUAUUAAAUAAAACUUAAAAUAGUUAUUUUUUAGUACAUUUUUAUCAAAGUUUACUCAAUGCAAUUUGAUGGAAUUUUAUCAGGAAAUUUAAAAGCAUAAAUCUUAAAAUUAUUUUUUGAGCGUAUGAUGACCAAAAUGCUGCACGCGCCUAAGGAGCUAAAAAUGCUGUCUAGUUAGGAAGCUCAGUGUGGGCUUUGAGCCACAGCCAGUCAUGGUGUUUGGGAGUAAGUGCGUCUAGAGAGGGCGGAGAAGGACUCGCCUCAUGAGAGCGUAACGCCAGUUAACUUGUGGGCUUCGUAUUUAUUUUUGUUUCAGAGUCUCUUUGUUUUAUCUCAUAUAAACAAACCCUUCUUGAUUUGAAAUGUAGCUGUAAGUGUACUGUUUUUCCCUCGCAAUGGAAACCGUCGUGAAACCGGAGACUGGUACUCAGCUCUCUCAUCCAGAAGUGAGAAGUCAGAUGAAUCCCUGAAACUGGCGUUCAGUCUCUGGGACAGUCAGUGUUUUCAGCGAUGUCUCCUCAGGGAGGGGGAGAAUAUAAGCCAGGUACGGUUGUGCCACCGGUACCCCCGAGAAGAUUCAGGGGCAGAGCUUUGUCCACCGCGGUGAAGAGCCGUUUCGGGUCCGCAGCGGAGCGCCGGGUGAAGUGCGUGCUGGUCGGUGAUGGUGCAGUGGGAAAAACUAGUCUCAUUGUGAGCUAUACCACCAAUGGAUAUCCCACCGAAUAUGUUCCAACAGCUUUUGAUAACUUUGCAGCAGUUGUAGCUGUGGAUGGCAAGCCUGUGAAACUUCAGCUUUGCGAUACUGCUGGCCAGGAUGAGUUUGACAAGCUAAGGCCGCUGUGUUACACCAAUGCUGACGUCUUCCUGCUCUGCUUCAGUGUGGUAAGUCCCUCCUCCUUCCAGAAUGUGAGGGAAAAGUGGGUGCCUGAGAUCCGCUGGCACUGCCCAAAGGUACCCAUACUGCUGGUCGGCACUCAGGCUGACCUCCGGCAAGAUGUCAAAGUGCUCAUUCACCUCGCGAAAUAUAAAGAGCGUCCAGUGGACCCCCAAGAAGCCUUCUUAUGUGCUGAAGAAGUGCAGGCUGUCUCAUACAUGGAGUGCUCAGCACUCACCCAGAAGAACCUGAAGGAGGUGUUUGACACAGCCAUAGUGGCCAGCAUCCAGUACUCUGACAGCCAGCAGCAGAAAAGACUGAAGAAGCGCACGCCUGAUAAAAUGAGGAAUCUCUCCAAGUCUUGGUGGAAAAAAUACUGCUGUCUGGCAUAAAAGAAAUAAUCCGAUUUUGUACUGUUGUUGUGGAUGCAGUUUGACUGUAAAUUGCUUUUUUGAAUACAACUGGAAACAAAUACAUCUGCUUUUUUAGUGGAUUAAUUGGAGUAGAGGUGGUCAUGAGACAUUGAAGAGGACAUAAUCUGUAGAAAAGAUCUGUUUGUCAUGAAAUGGAAUGAUUCAUAGCCAGCAGAUUCCAAGGUAUCGGUUACAAUGGAUGACAGUACUCCAUUGUACAUUUGAGGAUCUGUUCCUCAUUUGGAAAGUCCCAGGUUAACCUCAAAUGGUCAUUUAAACAAAUUAGGGCAAGAGUCAUCUGUCUUUCUUUACCUUAUCUUCUGCUGAGGAGGGUUUCAAAGUGGAUUUAUGAGCUGCCCCAUUGCUACAGAUCUAGUCAGACUACCAGUCACCUUUCCCAGAAUUUUACUCCUCCAUCCAAAUUUCGCUACACUGUGAGAAGCAAAGACCAUCUUGGUUCAUUUCAACAAAGCCUAGGAUUGUGUUGGUGUUAUAACGUUCAUCUUUGCUAAAGACCCACAAAUGAUUCCCAAUUACUUGCAUGAACAGGAGAACCUGUUCAGAACAGGAGUUCUGUCAUUUGUAUAUCAAAGUAUUAGUGUGAUCUAGAAUAAAAGCAAAUGUUUGGGCAGACUGUCAACUUGACAUCACUGAUAUGUAUUUGGUUGUCUUGUUAGGGUGAAUGAUAGUCCAUUUUAGAGACAGCAGGUCACUGGCACAUCUCUCCAGGCUCCCUUGUUUACAUUUGGUCCAUACCCAAACAUACUGUGCCAUUGUAAGUGAGAGUAGGCUAGUAGGCCAGUUGGACUGUAUAUCUGGUCAUAGAACCUGGAGCUUCAUCAACAACAAUGUUUUGAGUUCAACAAUUCAGUGCUGUUAGGUCUGAUAGAGUAGAAAUGUGCUGGAGUCAGAAGUACUGUAUUUGUACAUAUACAGUAGACUGGUCAUUCAUGACAGAAUAACCAACACAAAUUGUUUUCCAGAUUUUCAACUGGAAAUUACAGACCAGUGAUCAUCAUUGCUUUCUAAUUACUUCCCAUUAAAAGGAAUGGAAUGGUUUCAAACUCUUAAUGGCAAUGCAGUUUAUGGCACUUUUUAACAUCAACAUUGUCACAGAAAAUAUUUUACUGGAAACGAAUUUUUCUAUAGUUCUAGUUGUGCAAUGAUGUCAUCCACAUCAUGCUUUGAUAAGCAUUAUAGUCCUGUCAUCAAAGAAAGUCUGUAUAACAUUUGGGGAGGAUUGUCCCAGGGCAAACUGCACUUUUUAUUAAACUUCCACGUCAGAUAAACUGGUAAAGUAACCUGCUGCUAUGCGAUAUGUGACCAAGUGUAAAGUUAAUGUAAGGAAAAGUUAAUGUUUCACUGUAUAAGCUGGGGUAAAUGUUAAAGAACUACUGACUUCACUAGUGGUAAACAUUUUCCUUCAUGGGCACCGAAUGAACCAAGAAUGAAUCAAGAUAAUUGACAAAAGAGAGUUCUUUGUUUGCCACUUCUAAUGUUUUAUUAUGCCUGACCCUGCUGGAAAAAACAGCUUAAACCAGGAUUAAUUUCCAUGCUGUUGGACCAGUAUAGCUUUGGCGGUCACCACACCACAAAAACUUUUUGUCUUUGUUUCCAGUAAAAUAUUUAAUUAUACUUAAAACAAGAUAAAUUUACUUGAGAAGCAAAAUGAAAUAAGAUAUGCUGUCUUGUUUUCAUGGAAAUCUAACAAAAUACACUAAUGUUUAUGCUUAUACAGUAAUAAGAAAAAAAAUUCCAGUGGGGAAAGAAAAGAACUUGAUUCAAAUUUGAAAACAAGUUUAUUUUUCUUACCUUAUUGUCAAAUAGUUUUUUCCUGUUUUAAGCAUAAACCCCACAAAAAAAUGUUUAAUCUGAUAACAAGACUUAAUAUCCUAAGUCUGCUUAUUAAGGUUUUUUCUUUCUUCGUGUUUUAGUGUUUAGAUAUUUUUAGAUAUUUUUUACCGGAAAAUAAGACAAAGACAAAAAAAGUUUUGGUAUUUUUUUAUUUUUUUGCAGUGCAGCGAAACGUAGCUGCUGAAGGUGGUCAGCCAGCAUGGUCCUUCUAGAUAAGCUGUUUGACCAUGGAAUUCUUGCUGUUUAAGCUUGUUAAUAUGCCUGGUGGGGACACCAGCAUCCAAAACACAACAUAAGCUGGUAACUAGCACUGCUGGUCUUUUCAGCAGGGGAAUGUGGCAAAGUGUUGAAAAAGUGUUGAGAAAAAAGUAAGUGGCUCUCAGCAAGUGAUUACAGUGUUGUAAACUGCAAGUGUUGAAGGUAUGGCAUAGUGUGAGUUGUACCCCCGAAUCAAACAAUCAUAUUGAUUUUAAGCUCAGAAAACAAGCUAUGUUAUGUAAAAGUGAUUUUGUCAAAAGGAUAGGCAUACUGUAAACAGUACAUUGUAUUUAAUCAUUUAUCAAAAAACAUAUUUGUGGUCAUAUAAUGUGAAUUUCAAAAUCAUUUAUGUUGCAAACCUGUAUAACUUGCAGUCUUCUGUGGAACACAAAAGAAGAUGUAAGGCAGAAUGUUAGCCUCAGUCGCCAUUCACUGUUUAUGUAUGGAAAAAGAGAUGAAUGUGAAUGGUGACUGAGGCUGUCAGAAUCUAACAUUCUGCCUAACAUCUGUUUUCGUGUUCCAUUGGAACAACAUGAGGGUGAAUAAAUUAUGACAGAAUUUUGUCUUUUUGAUGAACUAUCCCUUUUUGUUCAGACUGACCGAACCAUUUGAGUGCUAAAGGGCUGUGUACUUUCACAGGGCAAGAUCAAUUGCUUGGUCAGAGGUUUUUUGACAAGUAGCCAAACUUCCAAUUCAAACACAUGCUAUGUGUUUAUUCACUGAUUUGUUUUGCAUGUAAGUUGCAUUGCAGUGCUGGAUAUUUACUGUGUGAGAGAGCUCAUUGCUGCAGCAUCCCACCAGACAGAACUGUUCAGAAUCUGGUGGCAGUUCAGAUGAAACUAACAUGUAAUAACAGAUAUUUGCCUGUAUGUUGUUAUCUUUCUUGAAAUAAAUAUACAUUUUUGG